UGGAUUUCAAUCGUUAUUAUAUUACUUCCUGAAAAGGGUUCAGUUCUUGUUCAUUCUCUUCUCCUUCAUAGGUCUGGUUAGAUAUCAUUAAAAUAUUAGAAAGCAAGGUUUCACAAAUCCAUGGCUAUGGAACAUAGGAGUCUACACAGUCAACCAUAUCCUCUGCAUAUUAGUAAGCUUGUCAUAGAACAUGCCUCAAGUUCCAAGAGAAUACCUUGGCAUUUCGAAACCAAACAAGCAUUUCCUCACCAAAGUUUCUCAUUGCCUGAGAAAUUUUACAGUAGUUGUUUUUAACUUUUUAUAAAAACCUCACUGAGAAAUCUUCUGGCAGCGUCUGUGAGUUCUUUGAUCUCUAAAAUAUAUAACUGUCGAGUUCUAUUUGGAAUUUGAAGGGGAUAAAAUAAAGUUUGCAGCUUGCUUUUGGCGGUGUCUAAUUCCACAAAUGCCAUGGGGAGCUAUCUUUUUCUAGUUUUUCUUGGGAUAGUUUAUGUGAUUACUGCAUCUUCAGAACAUGAACAUGCAAACACAACAAGGGCUACUUUUAAUGUCUUGGACUAUGGAGCUGUCAGUGGUCGACACACAGACAGUGGCAUGGCAUUCUGGGAAGCAUGGAACGCAACAUGUAGCUCAGAAGCUGAAAACUCAACUCUAAUCAUUCCCAGAAUGAGAUUUCUGUUAAGUCCAAUCACUUUCGAUGGUCCAUGCAAACCUCAAAGAAUCAAAAUUUUGAUAUUAGGGAGACUUUUGGCACCAGAGUCACCUGAAGCAUGGAGGGACUUUGAUCCAGGUCAAUGGCUAGCUUUUCGUGGUGUUAAUGGACUCGAAAUUGCUGGCCCUGGUACUAUUAAUGGAAGAGGAAGCGGCUGGUGGAAUCAAUCUUGCAGAUAUCAUCCCAAACUGGAGGGAUGCACUACACUGGCUCCAACAGCUUUGAAGGUUCUGUCAUGCAAGAAUAUCUGGCUUAGAGAUAUUCACUUCAUAAACAGCUCCCAAUCUCAUAUCUUAAUAGAGGGAUGUGACGGAAUCAAGAUUGAGAAUCUUAUGAUUGAGGCUCCAGGAAAUAGUCCCAACACUGAUGGGAUUCACAUUCAUGCAUCUCACAAUGUCAUUAUCAACAACACCAUCAUAGCCUCUGGUGAUGAUUGCAUAUCAAUUGGAGACCAUAUAUCCAAUAUAGCCAUCUCAUAUAUUAAAUGUGGCCCUGGUCAUGGAAUAAGCAUUGGAAGCCUAGGGAAAUCCGGGAAUGUGGUUCAGGUAGAGAACGUUCAUGUCAGCAAGGUCACCCUCCAAGGAACUACGAACGGAGCUCGGAUCAAGACAUGGCAGGUUGGCCAGGGUAAUGUUCGAGGGGUCAGAUUCGAAGAUUUCUUCCUGGACUCUGUUAAGAACCCCAUCAUUAUCGAUCAGAACUACUGCAAAGUUAGGGGUGCCUGCGAGGAACUGCCCACUGGUGUUCACAUAAGUGAUGUCUCCUUCAAAAACUUCUAUGGAACGUCGAGUACGAAUAUCGCCAUCAAUCUGAAUUGCAGCCUCUCGGUUCCUUGCACAGAAAUAUUGAUGAAGUCGAUAUACCUUCGAUCUGCUAUAGCUGGACAGAAUGUAACUUCUAGCUGCAGAAAUGCCUACGGCAUUGCCUUUGGAGUAGUUCAUCCAAGCCCUUGUUUCCAAAUCUGAGCUGAUUGUUCACCAUGUCACAUUAUAUUUCGAAAUUCUAAUCAUUCAAACCAAACUAGUUCACCAACUUGAAAGAGGUCAUUCUAAAAUGGUCACCUCCUAGUUGCAUAUACAUUAUAGUGUACCAGAAAGAAUAGAAAGUGUGAAUAGCAUUUCAUUC